UGAAAAACAAGAAAACGUAGCCACCUUCCUCUGCAAGUUGCUGACACCAGUGCGAAAAGUUGCGGAAAAACAGAACCAUUAACUCGGCGCCACAUGGUUCCAAUUUUAACACACAGCACCACCAUCAUCACCACUUUACCAAGCUAACUUGCUUUGCAUUGGUCUUCACUAUUUUUAUUAUAUACAAGAAAAGAUUAAAAAAAAAAAGAAUCUUAGUGCUUCUUUUUGACUGAAAUUUCGAAACAUCGAAACUCCGUUAGACACGCCCUUUCUCCUUCACAAGGUGGUGCUCCUUCGUUGAAUCAGAAUUUGGUUAAGCCUUCGCCUCAAUAGCACUCUAGUUCAAAAGGGCUUCAUCUUCAGCAUUUUUGACAUGCCUACAAGCCAACUGAUGACCAUGCUUGUGUUUCUCAUAAUACUUGUGCACAUAGCCUUGGUGUCCUCGUUGAAUCUUCGACCAGGAUAUUACUCAGAGACAUGUCCAGAAGCUGAAUUUAUAGUCCGAGAUGUCAUGAAGAGGGCCCUCAUGAGGGAGCCGAGAAGUGUUGCCUCUGUCAUGCGCUUCCAGUUCCAUGAUUGUUUUGUCAAUGGGUGUGAUGGCUCCAUGUUGCUUGAUGAUACACCAACCAUGCUAGGGGAGAAACUGUCCCUGUCAAAUAUUAAUUCACUUAGAUCCUAUGAAGUUGUUGAUGAAAUCAAGGAGGCUCUUGAGAAGGCAUGUCCUGGUGUUGUUUCUUGCGCUGAUAUCAUAAUCAUGGCAUCAAGAGAUGCUGUAGCACUGACCGGAGGACCCGACUGGGAGGUGAGGUUGGGAAGAUUGGACAGCCUGACUGCAAGUCAAGAAGAUGCAGACAACAUCAUGCCAAGCCCAAGAGCCAACGCAACCACUCUCAUUGACCUUUUUCACAGAUUCAACCUCUCUGUCAAGGACCUUGUGGCACUCUCAGGAUCACACUCCAUCGGCGAAGGUCGAUGUUUUUCAAUCAUGUUUCGGCUCUACAAUCAAUCGGGAACUGGAAAGCCUGAUCCUGCCAUCAACCCCAUAUUCAGGGAAGAACUAUACAAGCGAUGCCCCCUUGAUGUCGAUCAGAACACGACUGUGGAACUUGAUUCAACACCAAGGUUGUUCGAUAAUCAAUAUUUCAAGGACUUGGUUGCUGGGAGGGGGUUCCUCAACUCCGAUGAAACACUCUUCACUUUCCCCUUGACGAAAAAGUUUGUGAAAUUGUAUAGCAAGGGUCAAGAUGAGUUCUUUAGAGAUUUUGUCGAAGGGAUGCUGAAGAUGGGUGACUUGCAGUCCGGCCAGCCUGGUGAGAUUAGGAGGAACUGCAGGGUGGUUAACUCGGUCGCGGAUCACCUGGUGGUUGGGCCGCAAAAUAGGAUGGAGAGUAACCAUAAAUCAAUAUAGCUGAUGCUUUUCUUUUUAAAAGAACAUUUAAAUAAGAGUGAGUGUGAAAAAUGCAUAUGUGAGUGCAGAGUGCAGACUAAUGUCUUCACCAUAUGUGUCAAGCAAAUUUUGCAAUGGCACAAACUGAAAGGCAUAAUUGCUGCUUUUAGUAUACAAUCGAAAUAUGCUAGUUUUCCGUAAUAUAUUUGUAGCUUCAUGCAAGAUUUUGAACCUAACAAGUGUCACGACUUCAAUGAUAGUAACAAAAAUCAUUAGCAUGUAUUACAGGAAACUUUAUACA